UAACCGUCCAACUGAAGCAGGGACAUAAAGAACAUGAACAGAAUCAUCACUUUUAUGCUUUAUGGUCUGUUUUUGGGCUCCUCGGUUUUCUCUAAUGAUGAUACAGAGGUCUCCUGUCAGGUCAACAAGACUUGUAUCUUACCCUGCAGUUUCACAGCUCAUGAUGACGUUGUCAUCCACUGGAUUCAAGAGACUCCACCAGAGUCCCGGGUUCACUCCUACUAUCGCAAACAAGACCGACUGAGAGAGCAGCACCAGAGGUUCAGAGGAAGAACAUCUCUGUUUGAGGACCAGAUCUCCAGAGGAAACGCUUCCCUGCUGCUGAGAGGAGUGAAGGUUCAGGACCAGGGCAGAUAUGUGUGUAACAUCAGCACCAUCAUUGGAAAUAAGGAGAACUUCAUCAACCUGAAUGUGAUCGCUCCAGUCCAGCACGUCAACAUUGAACAGGUACAAAAUAAAAUCACCUGCAGUUCAGAGGGGAUCUAUCCUGAACCGGGACUCACCUGGACCACCGAUCCUCCAUCCAGCGUGAACCUGCAGAACCUGCAGAACCUGCAGAACCCACCAACAGUCCAGCAGACUGAACAGCAGCUUUACAGCAUCAGCAGCUCUCUGGUCCUCUCAGACGGAGAUACUGACCUGGACUACAUCUGCACCGUCAGCACUCCAGCAAACAGCAGGAGAUCCACUUUGCUUCGACCAGCUGUUAUAAGUGGAUCAGACACUCAAAGAAAAAUCUCCUGCUCAACCGCCAAUUAUCCAAUAAGGUAUGUCAUCUGGACAUUUAACCACAAAGAGAUCAUCCUGACACAGAGCGGAGAUAAAGGGUUCUACAAACCUUCGGAGAGGUGGAAGCAGCACGUGAAGGCUGUAUCAGAGACAGGAAGUCUCUUUCUGAAGGAUUUAUCUUCAGACCAGACAGGAACAUACAGAUGUGAACUCAGGGAUGAAGAGGAAACAUACGUGAAAUACACCUUUCUUCACAUACCAAAAGACUGGACUGGAGUUAUUGUAGGAGUGGUGGUGGUUGUGCUGCUGCUGGUCUUGAUUUCUGGAGUUGUCGGUUACAAGCUACACAAAUACAGGAAAAGGAGGAGGAGGAAUAAAAGAGAUAAAGGUAUGUUAGUUGAAGUUUGUAAAAAGUUGAAGUCUAAGCUGAAGAAGAAGUCCCAGCAUGUGUCUGAGGGGAUCCUUAAAGCAGGAAAUAAAACCCUUCUGGAGCAGAUCUACACGGAGCUCUACAUCACAGAGGGAGGGACCGGAGAGGUCAACGAAGAACAUGAAGUCAGACAGAUUGAAGCAGCUUCCAGGAAACCAGUCAGAGCAGAAACAGCCGUCAGACAGGAAGACAUCUUUAAACCCCCACCUGGAAGAGGAGGACCAAUCAGAACGGUGAUGACGAAGGGAGUGGCCGGCAUAGAUAAACUGUCUCCUGCUCAGUGGUCGGCUCUGGUCUUCAUCUUACUGUCAUCAGGAGAUCUGGAGGUGUUUGACCUGAAGAAGUUCUCAGCUUCAGAGGAGGUUCUACGGAGGCUGCUGCCGGUGGUCAAAGCCUCCAAGAAAGUUGUGUUGAGUGGCUGUCACCUCUCAGAGGACAUCUGUCCACUUCUGUCCUCAGUUCUCAGCUCUCAGUCCUCCAGUCUGACAGAACUGGACCUGAGCAACAACGACCUGCAGGAUUCUGGAUUGGAGCAGCUGUGUCCUGGACUGGAGAGUCCAGACUGUCACCUGGAGUCUCUCAGGCUGUCAGGCUGUCUGAUCUCAGAGGAAGGAAGUGUUUCUCUGGUCUCAGCUCUGACCUCCAACCCCUCCCACCUGAGAGAGCUGGACCUGAGCUACAACCAUCCAGGAGAGUCAGCAGGGAAGCUUCUGUCUGGACUGGAGGAUCCCCGCUGGAGACUGGACACUCUCAGGGUGGAUCCUGCUGGACAACGAUGGCUGACACCAGGAGGUCUGAGGAAGUAUUCCUGUCAACUCACCGUCGACACAAACACAGUCCACAAAUACAUCCAACUGUCUGACAACAACAGGAAGAUGAUGUUUGUGUUGGAGAAUCAGUCAUAUCCUGAUCAUCCAGACAGGUUUGAUUACUGGUACCAGCUGCUGUGUGGAGAAGCUCUGACGGGUCGCUGUUACUGGGAGGUCCAGAGGAGAGGAGAAGUUUCUGUAUCAGUGAGUUACAGAAGAAUCAGCAGAAAAGGAGACUCUGUUCACUGUUUGUUUGGAAGGAACGAUCAUUCCUGGGGUCUGGAAUGUUCUAGUGACGGUCGGUACCAAGUCCGUCACAAUAACAGAGAAACAUCUUCCUCCUCCUUUCCCUCAGUGUCUGAUAGAGUAGCAGUGUACGUGGACGUUCCUGCUGGAACUCUGUCCUUCUACAGCGUCUCCUCUGACAGACUGAUCCUCCUCCACACCUUCAACACCACAUUCACUGAACCUCUCUAUCCUGGGUUCAGGUCUGGUUCUGGUUCUUCAGUGUCUCUGUGUCGAGUUUAGUCUCCAGAGUCUCCUCCUGUCAGAGAAACUGUCUCUGUUGGACAGAUAGUUGAGUCUGUACACGUCUGUUUCUGUUUCCACCAGAACACCUGAAUCACACGUUGGUGAAACUGUUCUGAAUGAUUCCUUGGAAACGUCUUCCUCUUCCGGUCCUUUAAAAGGUAGAAGCUGCCGUAUAUGGUUCCUAGAUUGUAGAAGAAGAACUGGACAAACCCUCCAUGAUGUCCCUCGUAGGUUUUCUGAAGAGGGGUUUUAAAGCCUUGUCUUCCUCGUACUGCGCCGCUCCAUGUUGUAAACGGGAGGAACAAACUGUUCUGGAAGCUGCAACACCAACUAAAUCAGGAUCACGGACCUUUGUGAACCGAUAGCUACUUCAAGGAUCCUGAACAACAAGAAAGGCUACUUGCUCGAUUGAACUUUUUGAAAAAAAUGUCUCCUUUAAACACAAUAUUUGAUAUUCACUCAUUAAAAUUACUGUAUUUUCUGGACUAUAAGCCGCUACUUUUUUCAUAAGUUUUGAACCGUGCGGCUUAUACAAAGGUGCGGCUAUUCUGUGGAUUUUUCUUCCACCACUCGGGCGCUCUAACCGGAAUUAGAAUAAAAACCAAGACAAAAUAAAUGCAAAGAAGAAUAGUUACUUCUUCUUUAGCAGAUAGAAGUAGGUAGAAGCAGAUUUCAAACAGAUAAAUAGAUGAAUAAAUAGUGGUUAUUUUCUCUUGGUUCUGUCCCGUUUUAAUCAGCAAAGUUGCUGCCGUGUUAAAAGACACUGUUAGGAAAGGAUCUAUUUAGGUACAAACAUGUACAUCAUUUACAGUUCAAAAUCCUUCUGUACAUGUAGUAAAUGUCUAAUCUAACAACAUAAAUAUCUGCGGCUUGCAUAUCUUUUUUUUUUUUUUUACCUUGUCUGCACACAUA